AUGAUGCAAGUUCUUCUUUACAUGUCUUUCGUUGUAGUAAUAUUUUCUCUGUUACUAAACCCUUGCCAUUGUCUCAAUCUCAAAUUAUUUAAUGGUUCCAAAAUUCAAAAUGAAGAACAAUGGCAAGUAGCAGGAGCUACAAUGUUUGGACCACCAGAGGGUGCUGGGUCGGAUGGGGGUGCUUGUGGAUACAUUGACAGUGUGGAAAAACCUCCACUCUCUAAAAUGGUAUCAGCUGGGGGUCCUUCUCUUUACCUUGGUGGCAGAGGAUGCGGGGCAUGCUAUCAGGUAAAAUGCACAGAAAAUGCCUUUUGUUCAGGAAACCCUGUGAGCGUGAUGAUAACUGAUGAAUGUCCCGGUUGUACCUCACCAUCAGUUCAUUUUGAUCUCAGUGGCACUGCCUUUGGUUCCAUGGCAACUCCAGGCCAAGCAGAUAAUCUUCGCAAUGCUGGAGUGCUUAAUAUUCUCUACAGAAGGGUUGCAUGCUCCUUUGGGAACUCUAUGGCCUUCACUAUCGAUAAUGGGGCCAACCCAUAUUAUUUUGCUACCGAAAUAGAAUACGAAAAUGGGGGUAGUGACCUUGUGGCCAUAGAGUUGAAGCAAGCUAAUUCUGACACGUGGCUUCCCAUGCAGCGUUCAUGGGGUGCAAGGUGGGCUUUGAAUUUAGGUUUACAAUUACAAGCACCAUUAUCUAUUAAGCUCACAGAACAAGGCAAGGGCUAUUACAAGACAAUUGUGGCUGAUAGUGUAAUUCCACAUGGCUGGCAACCUGGCCAAGUUUAUCGAUCUGUUGUUAAUUUUUAAACUCUGUUUAAAAUCAUGACAUCAAUCGAGAAAAUAUGUAAAAGAAGAACUGCCAGAUUAUAUAAAUAAGUUUAUCCUUGUCAGUUCAUAUAUAUAUACACAAUGGAAGAUUGUUUAGCAAUA